UGCUCCUCUGGUGUCAGCAGUGGAGGGAGUUGGGCGGGCUGAAGCGCACAUUAGUCACUUCAGUCCUGAGUACAUGCAACUACUCUCCUCAGGAUACACAACAACUAUCUCUGCUUCAUUAAAAAAAAAAAAAAAAAAAAAAAGGAUUAAUACCAACUUCACAAAUCUCACCAGAAGAACAGAAACAUGGACAAAAUGGAAGACUUCUACUACCACGAUGACGAAGACGCCAGCUUUAAUGACAGCUACGACUACAAUUAUGAACACAGCAUUUGUGACAAGGAAGCGGUGCGCUCUUUUGGUGGCGUCUUCCUCCCAAUCAUCUACACCCUGGCUCUGGUGGUAGGUCUGGCUGGGAACGCCCUGGUGGUGGUUGUCUACACAUCCCGGUUGAGACUACGAACCCUGACGGACGUGUGCAUCCUAAACCUCGCCAUCUCGGACCUGCUGCUGCUCUUCACCCUGCCCUUCUGGGCGGCUGACGCGGUCCACGGAUGGAGGCUGGGAAAGGCCGCCUGCAAGAUCACCUCCUUCCUCUACAGCACCAACUUCAGCUGUGGCAUGCUGCUGCUGGCGUGCAUCAGUGUGGAUCGCUACCGUGCUGUAGCCCAAAAUCCAACCGGCAGAAAUGGGACAGGACCCCGAGCGAGGAGACAGUGGCUCCUGGUGUGUGUCGUGUUGUGGGCUUUAGCCAGCUUUCUUGGCCUUCCCGAGCUCAUCUUCUCCACAGUGAAGAUCUCCCAUCACAGGAUCGGCUGCACCCCCGUCUACCCGCACAGCAUGGCCCGACCUGCUAAAGCUGCCCUGGAGCUGCUGGAGGUGACCCUUAGGUUCCUGCUGCCUUUCUUGGUCAUGGUGAUAUGCUACUGCUGGGUGGGGCGGGCCCUGACUAAGGCCGUUGGGGUGCGGAGAGACCGAAAGUGGCGAGCCCUGCGCGUCCUCCUCGCUGUGGUGGCUGUAUUCCUGCUCACCCAGCUGCCCUACAACGUGGUCAAGCUGUGCCGAGCGAUGGACAUCAUUUACAUCCUCGUGACGGACUGUGAAGUCAGCAAGAAUCUGGAUCGCGCUGUCCAAGUGACGGAGAGCCUGGCGCUCACCCACGCCUGCAUCAACCCAGUUCUCUACGCCUUCAUCGGGUCCUCCUUUAGGGGUCACGUCCUAAAGGCGGCUAAGCGCCUUGGACAGCGCCUUGGGAGACACCCGACACACGUGAACGAGGAGCCGGCGGUGGAGAUUGCGCUUAACACACGCAAUCAAACUCAAUCCCAGUCCGGUUCCGAAGACCAAGACACCAGCACCUUUACCAUUUAAGACUCUAAAAUAGAUCUAUUUCCUUGUAAGCACCUAUGCAAACUGUAUGUCUACGUAUACAUAUUUGCAUACUUGUACUAUCAUACAGGACAGAUAUCAAUUACUACAGGUAUUCUUUUUUAGGGUAAUAUAUAUGUACAGUGAGUUUACAUGCACUAACUAAACAAAGUAUUUUGUAUAAAUUAUGUAUUUUGUUAAAUAAAAGAACAAAGCUUUUUAAUGAUGCGCAUCUACGCACUUCUGUUGCAAUCAAACACAGCUGAAAGUCAAGACGCUCGGAGAACUUUUCUGGUUUUUCACAACGAAUCCAAUUCAAUCGGCACAGUCUUCCAUCCAUGAGAUCAUCUGCAUCUCAUUUUAUCACAUCUCGUGGCCCGGGUUGGAAUAAUUGCACAGUGGGUGACCAUUGAGUUGAAAAACAAUUGGCAAACGAAGACAGGACAACAAACAGCAGGAAGGACCCAUUCAUGCUAUAAAGCCAAGAAAAAGCAGUGCUGAACGUUCCUUUGAGGCCAUUUUUCAUCCACUCAUCUUUUUUGAUUUGAAUAAACUUGGAACUUGAAAGAGAA